AAGAGUGCAGCUAGUCACGAUUCACCCAGUCACUAGUGAGGUACCUUGGUUAUGGUGCUACCUUGUGACGUUAACGUGCCCUAAAAGUCUGUACGUUUCUUUCUGAAAAGCCACAGUAAAUAUGACUCUGUUAUCUGUUAAAGUGUCAACAUGCUCUUUUGAUGGCCAGAAGCCAGGAACGAGUGGCCUAAGAAAGAAUGUUACGAUCUUUAAGCAGAAGAAUUACACAGAAAAUUUUGUACAGUCUAUUUUGACUGCUCUUGGAACCGAGCUCGCCGGUUCCACCUUGGUAGUAGGAGGAGAUGGAAGAUAUUAUCUUAAGGAGGCCGUCGAUAUUAUUAUCAAAAUGUGCGCAGCGAAUGGGGUGGCUAAGGUGAUAGUUGGGCAGAAUGGCAUCUUGUCCACACCAGCUGUCUCUUGCAUCAUCAGAAAGUACAAAACCACUGGUGGAAUAAUCCUCACUGCCAGCCACAACCCCGGGGGCCCAAAUGGAGACUUUGGCAUCAAGUUCAACUGUUCUAAUGGUGGUCCUGCUCCAGAUGGUGUUACUAAUAAAAUUUAUGAGAUUAGCAUGGAUAUAGAUGAAUACAGCAUCUCUCCAACUCUUCAGGUGGAUGUAUCGAAGAUUGGUACAACUCAGCAUGACGUGGAUGGGCGCAAAUAUACGGUGGAGGUAAUCGACUCGGUGUCCGAUUACUUUGAGAUGACUAAAGAGAUCUUUGACCUUGACGCCAUCAAGAAGCUUCUUGCUACUAAGAAGCUAGUAGUGCUGCUCGAUGCCAUGCACGGGGUUGUUGGCCCAUAUGUGAAGAGAAUCUUGUGUCAAGAGUUAGGGAUGCCAGAGUCCAGUGCAGUCAACUGCACACCACUGGAGGAUUUUGGAGGUCAUCACCCUGACCCAAACCUGACAUAUGCUGCUGAGUUGGUUAAAGCAAUGCAGUCUGGUGAUUAUGGGUUAGGAGCAGCAUUUGAUGGAGAUGGGGACAGGAAUAUGAUCCUAGGCCAUAAAGGAUUCUUUGUGACUCCAUCAGAUUCGCUCGCAGUGAUUGCAGCUAACAUAGACUGCAUUCCCUAUUUUAAGAAGACAGGGGUUAAAGGCUUUUCAAGAAGCAUGCCAACAGCUGGUGCUGUUGACAGGGUGGCAGCAAAGAUCGGAAAGGAAUUCUUUGAGGUUCCAACUGGCUGGAAGUAUUUCGGUAAUCUCAUGGAUGCUGGGCGUUUAUCACUAUGUGGCGAGGAAAGCUUCGGUACCGGAUCUGAUCAUAUCAGAGAGAAAGAUGGGCUGUGGGCCUGCCUAGCUUGGCUAUCGGUCUUAGCAUCAAAGCAGCAGAGUGUAGAGGAGAUUCUAAAGAACCACUGGGCAACAUAUGGCAGAAACUUCUUUACCAGGUACGACUAUGAGAAUGUCGAAUCUGAGCCGGCCAACAAGAUGAUGACGAAUCUUGGCAAACUCAUUGAGGAUGCGUCCCUCAUCGGCCGAGGCUUCAAUCAUGGAGACAAGGCUUUCAAAGUAGCUAAAGCCGAUAACUUCGAGUACACUGAUCCAAUAGAUGGCAGUGUGGCAAAGAAGCAGGGAAUUCGCAUCAUCUUCGAAGAUGGGUCACGAAUCGUCUUUAGGUUGAGCGGUACUGGCAGCAGUGGCGCCACCAUUCGCAUGUACAUCGAUAGUUACGAAGCCGAUUCUACCAAGCACUGUCUGGAUGCACAGGACAUGCUUAAACCGCUGGUGGAGAUCGCUCUGCAAAUGUCACAGCUGAGAGAGUUGACUGGCCGACAGAAACCGACAGUCAUUACAUAAAUGAAGACCAGUGCACAGCGGCGUCACUAGGGUUGGUGUCACACGGUGUGGUGGUCACACAGUGACAUAAACUAGCAAAAUUAAAAUCACCCUCUCUGAUGGUGUCACCCGGUGCGUUCCGCACCCCCCUUGUGACGCCACUGCCAGUGCAUCAGGAUGAUAAAUGUUACUGAAAGAGCUUUGUGGUUGCUUGUGUUACAUGUGCAUGCUACUGGAUAGUUACGCAGUUGUCCUUUCACUAAUUUAAUAGUUAUGAUUUCAGUGUUGCCAUAUUAUAAAGUUGCUAGGCAAUGUGUAACAAUAUAUUAUAGAAACCAUUUGCUAACCCAUUUUGUCUUGGGUGGGCAAAGCCACCUGCGUGUUGUGUUCUGAGAAGUUGACUGCCAUUGACCAUGUAAUCAGGAGUCUAUCAAUAGCUAUUGAUAGACUCCUGAUGUAAUAUGUCUACAUUUAUUGGGGAUUGCUAGAUAAAACUAUUACUAUUACUGGCUAGAUAAUAGGCUUGUUUCAGUGUAGGUGAUCCCUUUGUGUUACUUUUGAUCUGUAUACCAGAUUGAAAGCCUAAACAUUUAACAUUGUUCCUAUGGUUGGCCAAUGUUUCAGAGGUUUGUUGUUAUUGUUAUUGAUUUUACACUAGUCAUUGUUAAUAGAGUGUUUACCUUGCAUAAUAAAUAAUGACAUUACAUGGAGUUGUUAACAAAAGUGGUCGUAUUGGGAUUACUUUUAAUAAUAAUUGUUAAUACACGAAUA